CACCGACAAGCUGUACGGACUCGGCUCCACGCCUUCGGCCAAGCCGACACCAACGGCGACGCCAACGGCGACGCCGACUUGCACGAUCAGCAGACAGACGUGCAUGUGUGCAGGCCAGCUGACGGCCCGACCGCGACCGCAACUGGCCGGCAAGUCGAACGUCGACGGCGACACUCUUCGCGUCGCCAUGGCAGACGAUUAGCCAAUCCGAACGGCGAGGCAGCACAGAGCGAUUCCGACGCGUCGAUCAUGUCAUGCCUCGUCUGCCCGAGAGCACAUGCUCACCUGAUCGUGGCGCUCAGCAACGAGCAGGUGACCAUGUCGGCCGAUUAUAGCACAACAACAGUCCAGUUGGAGACACGCGAGUGA